AAUGAUGUCCUAAAAUAAUAAAUUAAUAAUGCACUUCUAUAAUGUAUGUAUGUAACCAAUAAAAACUACUCCUUGUUUGCAUUAUAUAAUGUUAAUCAUAGACCCUCAAAUUUCAUGAACAACUACCAUGCAAAAAAUCUCCAACCAUACACUAAUCAUGCAACUUACACACUUCUCCCUUCUCUCAACCUCCAUCCUCCUCCUCCUCCUCCUCUCCCUCGCCGCCGUCGAAUCCACCAUCUCAUCCAACCCCAAAACCCUUCAUGACUUUAUCAAGAGUAGUUGUCAAGUAACCCUUUAUUCAAACCUUUGCUACUCUACCCUUUCCUCCUCCUACAAUGGUGACCUAGAUAUUGGAAAGCUAACCUAUGUUGCUAUAGGGAUCAGUCUCAUUGAAGCCAAUUGGACAGCAGAUUAUGUGACAGCUAUAAAAAAUAAAAUAUCUGCCAAAGAUGUGGUGGUUAGAGAUUGCGUGGAGUUGACGAAAGGAGCCGUGGGGCUAAUUCGGGACUCGCUGGAUGAGAUGAAGAUGGUUCUGAAGAGUAGUGGAGCUCGACGGAGAAAUGAGAGAGGAAGGAGGAACAUAAGGUUUGAGAUGAGUAAUGUGCAGACGUGGAUGAGUGCGGCGAUUACGAACCAAGAUACUUGUAUGGAAGGGUUUAACGACGUUCAGGUUGGGAAGAAGGUUGAUGAUGAAGUGAGUGAAAAGGUUGGCUAUGUUGUGAAGUUGAUAAGUAAUGCUUUGUCUUUGGUUAAUAGUUUUGCUGCCGAUGCAUAAAGUGUGUAAUAACUUACCUGUUAUGUACGAUCCAACAAAACGUUACAUUUUAAUACAACUAGUUAGUCUUUGAUAACUUGACUUUACGUCAUAUUGGCCUAUUGGGUGAAUUUAAUUAUUGAGGCCUUGAGGGGGAUUAUAAGAUGUCCCUCUUGUUUAUAAAUUGGCUAAGAUUGGUUACACGCCAAUUAGAUAUUAUAAUAAACCUUUAUUUCAAUCA